AUGAGUGGAACCUCAGUGAAAAAAGUUGUCGGUGCCGCAAGAUUCCGUCCUACUAAAUGGUUAAAAGCAGCAGGAUAUUCUCCACAAGUGUUUGUUUUCAGGAAUUUACAAAGUGGCCAAGUUUUAUAUUCACAAUUACCUAACUUCACAGACAAGCAGAUUGAUAAUCAAUUCCAAAGGCCUAAUUGGGAGAACAAGAAGCCAUCUACGAGACGUGAUCUUUGGAAAUGCAUGUGCGUAAUUGACAUGCCAAAUCACGAAGGUAGCGUUCAAUUGUAUCAGAAUUUAGUAAGGUUGAGAUACUUACGUGAUGUGACUUUAAAGGGUGACGCUAAGGCAAUGAGAAAGAAGAAUGGCGAUGGUAAUACAUGGUUUAGUGGGCUGUAUAGGCCUACGUAUACGCAAGAGGCUGUGGCUGAUAUUAUUGAGUCCUUAAGAAAAAUUAAGCACAACGAUGCUGAACAGAAAUUAAUCGAUUCUGAUUCUAAUGCGAUAACUAUACAUUGGGAAGAUAUAUGGAGAAUGGGGGACAAGACCAAACACUGGGAUCCAUUACUUUUAAAUAUCAACCAUACUGAAAUAGAACGCACCGGUAACACUAGUAGAGAAGAGAGUGUCAUAUUGAAACAGUUAGGUGAACUAGCUAAACAAGCUACUGAUAAGUCCAAAGCAUGA